AUGGCAUCAACAAAACAACAACGUCUUGUGCUCGUAACUGGAGCCAAUAAAGGUAUUGGCUUUGAAGUUGUUAAAAAACUUCUGAAAGAAUCAUCUUCUUCUAACGAUACUGUUAUUCUACUUGGUUGUCGUGAUUUAAAACGUGGUCAAGAUGCCAUCAAUCAAUUAGGUUCACCAUCCAAUGUACAUCUUCUUCAAUUAGAUACAUCGUCAGCCAGUAGUAUUUCACAUGCAACUGAUGAAAUUAAACAAAAGUGGGGAGGAAAAUUAGAUAUUCUCAUCAACAAUGCUGGUAUUGUAGCGAAAGACAAUACUACUGAUGCUGCUCGAGAGGUUUUUGCCACUAAUUAUUAUGGAAUUAAAAUAAUUAAUGAACAUUUAUCUCCAUUGAUCAAAGAAAAUGGACGUAUCGUGAAUGUGGCAAGUGAAGUAGGUGCUUGGACAUUACAUGAUAUGUCAAAUGAUCUUCAAAAUAAAUACAAAUCAUCUUCAUUAACUACAAAACAAAUUGAUGCACUUGUAGAAGAAUUUGUAUCAGGAAUUGAAUCAAAACGUCUUGAUGAACUUGGAUACAAUACUAAAUUCCCGUAUUUAAUCUAUGGCGUAUCCAAAGUCGCACUUAUUGCUCUUACACAAAUAGAAGCACGUGAAUGGUCUGGUGCAAAAAAUGUACUAAUCUUAUCUGUUUGUCCAGGUUAUUGUGCAACUGAUUUGAAUAAUCAUGGUCCGGGAGCACGUUCAGCGGAACUUGGUGCAGAUUCUAUUCUUUAUGCAGCGAAUGCUCCUGCGAAUGAAUUAGAAAAUGGAGAAUUCUAUCAAGAUGGAAAAAAGAAACCAAAAAGUUCGGCAUGUAACAUGGAUCUAAGCAAGUUACCUAAGAAAAAUGAUUUAUAG